AACAGUUUAGUCUACGACGAACCUUUACAGCGAGCGGACGUGUUGUAAGCGAAUAGCGGACGAAAUUGUUUCAGUGACGAAAUUCAACGGAAAUUUAAAAACGCGUGUUUACCAAGAAAAAUUGCGUGCAAAAGAAUUUGAGUGUUCAAAGAAAAUAAGGAAAAGAAAAGCAAAAGCAACUGUUAAAAAUGCGUAAUCAACGCUGAAUUUUCUGAGUGCAAAUUAACAGUUGACAGUCAGUGCAAAAAGUGUCAGUGUGUGUGCUAUCCCAAUUGGCAAAACAAUAUUAGUAACUAAAUAAAAUGGAGGACGAACUACGUUGUCCCACCUGCAAGCAGCUGUAUGCGAAUCCCGUGCUCUUGCCCUGCUUCCACGCCCUCUGCCUGGGCUGUGCCCUCGACAUACAAACACCCUACACACCCGGAGGACCAGCUGGUACCGCCAAUGGAGGCGUGGCACCCGGAGGAGUCUCCGCUGUGAAUGGACAGCCUGGCACAGGAGGAGGAGGACCAGGGGGAGCAACUGGCGGAGGAGCUCCAGGCACACGACACAGUUCACACAGCUCGGCGGCGAGCACCGCAAGCUCGGCAACCGGAAGCGAGAGCGUCACCUCGGAUCAGGAUCAAUCCGAUAAAGUGAGCAUCUUCAGUGAGGCGGACUCGGGAGUCGUAUGCUGCUCCAACACAUCGCGUCCCGUGUCGUAUGCGGGCACCGGCCAGUUGCAGGGACUGUUGCAAGGUUCGGUGGUGGCGCCACCAGGUGCAGCAUGGUGUUUGACGUGUCCGCUGUGCCGGAAACUCGUCUUCUUCGACGAUGGCGGCGUACGCAAUUUGCCCACAUACCGCGCCAUGGAGGCGAUCGUGGAUCGAUUCUGUGCCCGCGAAGCUUUGCGCUGCCAAAUGUGCGAAACGGAUCCCAAGGUCGCCUCCCUCAUCUGCGAGCAGUGCGAGAUCCGCUAUUGCGAUCAGUGUCGCGAACUCUGUCACCCAGCUCGCGGUCCCCUGGCCAAGCACACGCUUGUGAAGCCACGUGGCGCCGCCCAGGCUCGUGAAUCCGUGUGCGGGGAGCACGAGGAAACCCUCUCUCAGUAUUGUCUCAACUGCAAGAUGCCAGCCUGUGGUCAGUGCAUCGGGGAGCAGCGACACCAGACGCACGACGUUCAGUCCAUCAACGUCACUUGCAAGGCACAAAAGACGGAACUCUCGCACAAUCUGCAACAAUUGUCGGAGAAGGCACGUUCCACAACCGAAUUCAUACAGCGGCUCAAAGGCAUGAGCGACAAAGUUACCGAAUCCUGCAUUGAAUUCGAGCGUCUGGUGCACGCCCAGUGCGAAGCGCUCAUCCAGGCGAUUCACGACCGUCGCGAGUAUCUGCUGGAGGCCAUACGCAUGGACAAGGACACAAAAAUCAGAAUACUUAAGGAUCAACAGUCGAAUUGUACGGGCAAAUUGCAACAGACCACGGGACUCAUUCAGUUCUGCAUCGAGGCAUUGAAGGAGACUGACAGUGCCGCCUUUCUACAGGUCGGUUCAAUGCUCAUCAAUCGCGUGGCCAACACAGAUAUGACUUGGCAUCAAGAGGUUACAAAUGCUGCGCCUCGCGUUUCGCCAAUUGUUGAUUUGACCCUCGAUGACGCUGCCUUGGCACGCGCCAUUGACAAUUUGAAUUUUAUCCAAAUGAAAGCAGUCAAAGAUGAGGAUGAAAGAUGUCCGGCAGCUCCGAUGACGCCCACAAUAUUGCCAACAGAUUGCUCAGCGGAAAAUAAUUCAGUUACAGUUGCGUGGCAGCCACCAAAUCAUUCCUUUGUCGAAGGCUACGUUCUGGAGCUGGACGAUGGCAGCGGCGGUGAAUUUCGAGAAGUUUACUGCGGCAAGGAAACAAUUUGCACCGUUGACGGUCUGCACUUCAAUUCCAUGUACAAUGCCCGCGUCAAGGCCUUCAACAGUGCCGGCGAGGGUGAAUACUCUGAGCUGAUUGGAUUGCAAACGGCUGAAGUGGCCUGGUUCACGUUUGAUCCCGUGCUAAGCGGCGGAGCUGGCUCUGGUCUAAUCUUUAGCAAAAAUAAUGCAACCGUCUCCGUGGAGGGCUGGGAGCAUCGUGUGGCCCUUGGAUCCGUUGGCUUCUCGCGCGGCGUACACUAUUGGGAAUUCACCAUUGACAACUAUACGGCGGACACGGAUCCGGCAUUCGGUGUGGCCCGCAUCGAUGUGGCCAGGAAUAAAAUGUUGGGCAAAGAUGAAAAGUCCUUUGCCAUGUACAUUGACAGGCAACGCUCCUGGUUCCAGCACAAUUCCAUACACGAGCGACGUGUCGAAGGCGGCAUCACCACGGGCAGCACAAUCGGAGUUCUCUUGGAUCUGGAGCGGCAUACGCUAAGUUUUCUGGUCAAUGAGAUGCCACAGGGUUCGGUGGCAUUCCGAGAUCUCUAUGGCGUCUUCUAUCCGGCAGUUAGCAUUAAUCGUGGCGUUACUUUGACCAUGCACACGGCGCUCGAUGCGCCCAAAAUGGAUUAUUUCUAAAUCAACAGAUCAGAGGGGAAGGAGUAGCGAAUUGUGUACAUAUAGCAUAUAUAGUAGCUUGGCAUUUAGCAGUUAUAUCGGUGUCUAUACAAAUAGCUUAUAGCAUAAACAUACAUACAAACAAAUAUAUUAAUCUAAUCACAUACUAAACUUAUACAUAUACUUAUGCUUAUAACUGUAGUUUCGGGCAAAGUUUAGCGACAUAUCUACCAUCUACAAUCUAUACUCGUAUCUUCUAUUCGUAACUAUUCACACAACGUUUUUAAAACGCGGCAAAAAAUUAUAUAAUAACUACAAAAAAAAAAAGGAAAAUUCAAAUAAUUAUUCCAAAUAAUUGAAGAUAUUUCACGAUAUUGCAUGUAAAAUAUUAUAAAACCAGAGCAAACAAUUUUUAAAUGUUUUUUGCAAUACACAAAGCCAAAAAUUAAGCACCGUGCAAAACACCAAAAACAAAAAAAUGGUUAACCAUAAUUGGAGCAAAACAAAAAAAGAAUAUAUAAUAUAAUUGAAUACACAACAAGUAAAUCAAUUUAAAAAUGUUUUAAAACAAAACACACACGAAAUCCAUUAGCAAUUAGUGUAGAUCUGAGUGUUUAUCUCUCUCUGUGUGUAUUGUGUGUUCAAUUGGAAGCCAAAAACUAUUAUAAAUAUUUAUGAAAAAAAGUAUAAUAUAAAAUCUGUUUUUUUUUUUUGUUUACUUUUCGAGGCGAAAGUAUUUAAUGAAUACAAAAUACAAAGUAUGUAGUUGAGUGUUGUUUGUGAGUGCACACUCACAAGCUUUUAGUUGAAAGACUGAAUGCAAGUUUAAAGAGGAAAAUUUAUCUAAAUUGAAAAAUAAAAUGUACGAAAAAUUCACACACAAAGUUCUAAAUGUUAAAUGUGCAAAACUUUUUCGAAAAUUAUUCAGCACGCGCUAACAAAUUUGCAAGCUAACAAUCCCAAAAAACAAACACAAAAUCAAAACUAUUUUCACUUAAAAAAAAGAAAGAAAAACAAUUUUGCUUUGAAAUAUUAUUAAUAAUAUCUUUAAUAUUAUUCUAGCCGUAUAGUAUAAUAAUGUAUAUCCAUUAAGUUGUGUGUAAAUAUUAGCAUACGUUAUUUUAAAAUCAUGUAACUAAUGGGCUAUCAAUGUAUUUUGUUAAGUAUAUUCUAACUAUUUACCUACAUUAACUAUACAUUAAUCGGAGGAACGAACAUGUGUGUAUUUGCUAGUUUUACAUGUGUAACAUUUAAAUUUAAAACAACAACAACAAAAUCUAUUUAUACUUUUCAAUUUAAGUCUAUGCGGAAAUAAACAACAACAAAAAAAAACGAAUGCAAUGAAAACAAACUAAAACUAAAUUAACAGUACGCGCGUUUAAUAAAUGAUUAUAAUUGUCAUAAUUAUAUUCAUAAUGUUAAUGUAUGCAGAACAUUAUGGCAAAUGGUAAUGAAAAUCAUUUGAGGGCACCACACGUAAACGAGUUUAUUUAUAAAAUCAUAUGAAAAACAAAUAAUAAAUAUUAAAAAUGCAUAUUAAAAUCCAA